GAUCCUGGUUCGGAAGAAACGGGUUGAUCCCACCCAGCGGCCUUUAAAUGAGAAUAACGAUGUUCAAUAUCAAUAGCAACUAAAGCGCGUCGUCUCUCAUGGCUGUGAUGUGCAAAUUAGUCAUCUAAAUGAUAAACCAUAGCGGACAGCAUCAAGUUUACUGCCAUCCAGGUCACGCGCCGAAACUUCAAACGGAAAAGUGUUGCGGAAUAACCUAAAUUUAAAAGGCUGUAAAAAACGCAGGAGAGCAAGCCGACAGUAUGACCGUCUGAUCCUCGCCGGUACGCUCUCCAGUGUGUAGACCGGUCUUGGAUUAUUAUGAAGCACCAUGGCGUGGUUUGACCACGGGAUUCAGAUGCUGUUGACCACCGUGGGAGCUUUCGCUGCUUUUAGCCUGAUGACCAUCGCAAUAGGAACGGACUACUGGCUUUAUUCGCGAGCUUAUAUAUGUAAUGCCACCAAUAUUACAACGGACGAAACUCAAACACAACCUAAGAAAACUAAAGGCGAUCUUACACACUCCGGGCUGUGGAGAAUCUGUUGCAUUGAAGGUAUCAAUAAAGGAAGCUGUUACCGGAUCAAUCACUUUCCAGAUGAUAACGACUAUGACACAGACAGCUCGGAAUACCUCCUACGUAUCGUCCGCGCCUCCAGCGUGUUCCCCAUCCUAAGCACCAUCCUGCUGCUGCUGGGGGGGUUGUGCGUGGGAGCAGGCCGGAUCUACAGCAACAGGAACAACAUCCUGCUGAGUGCUGGCAUCCUGUUCGUAGCAGCAGGUCUGAGCAACAUCAUCGGCAUCAUCGUCUACAUCUCGAGCAACACCGGCGACCCCAACGCCAAGCGGGACGAGGACAAGAAGAGCCAGUACAGCUACGGCUGGUCCUUCUACUUCGGCGCGCUCUCCUUCAUCAUGGCCGAGUCCAUCGCCGUGCUGGCCGUCAACAUCUACAUCGAGAAGAACAAGGAGCUGCAUGUGCGGGCGCGGCGGGAGUUCGCCAAGUCCAACUCCUCGUCCUCGCCGUACUCGCGCAUGCCCAGCUUCCGCUACCGCCGCGGCCGCUCCCGCUCCAGCUCGCGCUCCACCGAGCGCUCCGGCGAGACGCCCCCCGUCGGCCUCAACAUGGUGGGCCCGGGCCCCAUGGGCGAGAUCAACAUGUACACUCUCACCCGGGACCAGUCCGGCUCGGCGGCCUCCUACAGCCCUGACCACGACUCCGGCUUCCUGCAGGUGCACAACUGCUUCCCCGCGGACGCCAACGACGCCGCCAACAGGAGGACGACGCCUGUAUGAAAACUGGCUCCGGAUCGGCCCGCUGCCCCACCUCCAACC